AUCCCAUUCUCUCCUUAGAGAAAAGUCAAAUCUACUUUCAUCUUACAAAUCUCAUACUCCUUAAAACCCAAUUCUUGAUUUCAAUUAUCUAACACAACAACAAGAGUUUUUUUGCCCCCCCAAAAAAUAAUUAUCAUACAAAUGGAUUCAAUUGUCUCUGAGCUUGAAGGGACUCUCUUAAAAGAUCAAGAUCCCUUUAGUUACUUCAUGUUAGUGGCAUUUGAAGCAUCUGGGCUUAUAAGAUUUGCAAUUUUACUAAUGUUAUGGCCAUUGAUUAGGUUUCUUGAUAUUUGUGGCCAAAGGGAUAAAGGGUUAAAAUUGAUGAUUUUUGUGGCUACUAUAGGUGUAAAAAUUUCUGAAAUUGAAGCUGUGGCUAGAGCUGUUUUGCCUAAGUUUUAUUUUGAUGACAUUGAUAUGAAUUCUUGGAGAAUUUUUAGCUCAUUUGAUAAGAGAGUAGUGGUGACAAAAAAUCCAAGAAUUAUGGUGGAUAGAUUUGUGAAGGAGCAUUUGAGAGCUGAUGAUGUUAUUGGAAGUGAACUUCUUGUGAACAAUUUUGGCUUCGCCACUGGAUUUAUUCAAGAUGAUUUUGACUCGAUUUUGAAAAAAGUUGGUGCUUUAUUUGGUGGUGAACAACAACCUAGCUUAGGCCUUGGAAGGCCUCAAUCUGGUUCUUCAUUCCUUUCUCUAUGCAAGGAACAAUCACAUCCACCAUUUACGAGCAACAAAAAUCAAGAUCACAAUCUUAUCAAGCCUUUACCAGUAAUUUUCCAUGAUGGACGUCUUGUUAAACGUCCAACGCCAUCAAUAGCUCUAUUAAUUCUUUUGUGGAUUCCACUUGGGAUUAUAUUAGCAACAAUACGUAUUGUAAUUGGCUUAAUGUUACCAUUAUGGAUCGUACCCUAUUUGGCUCCAUUAUUUGGUGGCAAAGUCAUUGUCAAGGGAAAACCACCACCACCAGCCUCAGCCACAAACUCGGGCGUGCUCUUUGUGUGCACUCACCGAACUCUACUGGACCCGGUGGUCCUUUCCACCGUACUUCAACGGAGGAUUCCGGCUGUGACGUACUCGAUUUCUCGGUUCUCGGAAAUUUUGUCUCCGAUCCCGACCGUUCGGCUAACGAGAAUUCGGGAGGUGGACGCUCAGAAAAUCAAGCGACAGCUCGAGAAAGGAGACUUAGUCGUCUGCCCCGAAGGGACGACAUGCAGAGAACCGUUUUUACUGAGGUUCAGUGCGCUUUUUGCUGAAUUAACCGAUCGAAUCGUGCCGGUGGCUAUGAACUAUAGAGUAGGGUUUUUUCAUGCAACAACAGCUAGGGGAUGGAAAGCAAUGGACCCAAUUUUCUUCUUCAUGAACCCUAGGCCAGUUUAUGAGGUAACAUUCUUGAAUCAACUACCAGUAGAAGCCACGUGUUCAUCUGGGAAAAGUCCACAUGAUGUUGCAAAUUAUGUUCAGAGGAUCUUGGCUGCAACAUUAGGGUUUGAGUGUACAAGUUUUACAAGAAAAGACAAAUAUAGAGUUCUUGCUGGCAAUGAUGGAAUUGUGUCACAAAAUUCUGGGGCAACUUUAGCUAACACGUUUAAGAAAGUGGUGGCCACUUUCAAGAUUUUUAUUAACUGAAACAAGAAAAGGAUAUUAUGAUUUAUUUUUUUUGUUAUACGUUUUACUUAUUAAUUAUAAUAUUUUGUUCUA